AUGGCACCAAUGCAAUCUAUGCAGCUCAUAACGCUUUCUAGUACCGAGAGAUGGUAUAUACAACGUGUCAAAAUCCAUUCUCAACCAACUAAUCAGGCUUCUUUAUUCGAUUGGGCUGUGACAUCGGCUCUGUCGCUCUUGGUGGAAACCCUCUCCAUUUUACCAUCGGAAAUCAUUGACAAAAAGGAUAUCUCAUGUUUUGUCAAUCUCCUAGUCUGCCUGGGUUGCAAGAUCGAACAUGAGAACAGCGCCGAUUCACUCCCUUUGCUCUACAACGACUGUAUUCCUGGAUUGCAUGGUUCACAUUUUGGUGAAGGCGCGUUGCAUCUUCCAAUUGCCUAUUCAAUCCGGGGGACCGUGCAUGGUGAUCUGGGAUUCCACUCCCUACAGGGACGCCUUACUCUUCUUCUCAACGCUGGCUGCGACCCAAACCUGCGGGACAAGAACGGGUGUACUGUCUCCGACUUUGCGCGGAGUAGCCCUAGAACCUGGCUUCAAUGGUGUUUGGCGGUGGGAAAGAACCAGGGUUGA